UUAUCCUCCUCAAUGUGUCUAGUGUUUAGUGGGCCUAUGUGGUACCGGCAGCAGUAUAUAGCCUAACAAUUGACAAAAAUCCCAUCCCUUUCACAAAGCUUGUUCACUGAUUCAGUGAUUGGCUAAUGGCGCCACCAAAUCAGAACCUGGCCGGUUGCUAAUGUUGGCUCAUGUCGGCGUGGCAUCAGAUGUUACCAUCAUCAAAAGGAACUCUUCAGCUAUACACUAAUCUUUAUUUAAUCAUGCAGAAGCUGUGAGAAAGUGACUUUGAAGAUCCUUUUCCGAUUAGACUUGUCAGAUUAGUCUUCACGUCAGGAAAUACCCCUCUUGGUCCGAUAUCAACCAAAAAUGCACUUGAUGAUUUAAAAGACAAAUAUUGUAGCCGGCCAUCACUGUGUCUGACGUGUUUGUAACCCAGAUGGCCAAAAUGAAGGGAGAAUUUGAUGUAGAUGCUGUUAUAGAACAGCUACUCUCUGUACGAGAGACCCCAGGGAAACAGGUGCAGCUUCCGGAGACACAGAUUCGACAGCUGUGCCAGCUGUCUCGUGCUAUAUUCCUGGAGCAACCGAUGCUUAUCGAACUAGAUGCCCCUGUAAAUAUAUGUGGUGAUAUUCACGGACAAUAUGAAGAUCUACUUCGUCACUUUAUGAAAUGUGGCUACCCACCAGACUCAAAUUACCUGUUUUUGGGUGAUUAUGUUGAUAGGGGGAAGCGUUCACUUGAGACAAUCUGCCUUGUUCUAGCCUACAAGAUCAAGUAUCCAAAUAAUUUCUUCCUUCUCAGAGGGAACCAUGAAUGUGCCAGUAUCAACAGAAUCUAUGGAUUUUAUGAUGAGUGCAAAAGACGAUACAACAUUAAGUUGUGGAAGACGUUUACUGAUUGUUUUAACUGCCUCCCCAUAGCUGCCCUUAUAGAGGGGACCAUAUUUUGUAUGCAUGGAGGAUUGUCCCCUGAUCUCAGUGAUUUGGAGCAGCUACGUGAGAUUGACCGGCCAAUGGAUGUGCCUGAUCAUGGUCUAGUCUGUGAUUUGUUGUGGUCAGAUCCGGAUGAGGACAUCACCGGCUGGGGAGAGAAUGAUCGGGGUGUGUCUUUCACGUUCGGAGGUGACGUUGUCAGGCAUUUUUUGAAGCGACAGGACUGCAGCCUCAUUGUUAGGGCUCACCAGGUCGUUGAAGAUGGUUACCAGUUCUUCCAAAAGAGAAAACUUGUGACUUUGUUUAGCGCUCCAAACUACUGUGGUGAAUUUGAUAAUGCUGCAGCUGUGAUGAUCGUCUCGGAAGACCUUACGUGUUCAUUUAAAAUACUCCCUCCUGACAAGGGAAAGCUGAUAGCUGUGGAUUCAAAAAACAGCAAGAAAUGAUGAGGGCUGAAGAUGAGCUGCAGGACAAAGCGUAGUUGUCAGAUUGCUGUCAGCCCAAUCCUCUUACGUACAUACCCAACACCCUUGCUUGACUCAGCUUUACGAUUGGCUAAACCAAUGUGUGUGACAGAGGAGCUUGAAAUUUAUUUAAACUGUACAGUUCAGAAGUAACAUUCCUUGUUUUGGCCAGCAACUUCCAGCACUUUGUUUCAUAACCAAUCAGUAUUCCUGUUAGGUGUUUGCAUAUUAUCUGAAUGUUGUUUAUGACUCUUUGGUGUUAUCAGUAUUGGCAAAUGUACCAAAGAGAUAUUCCAUUCUAGUCUUUCUGUCUGUUCCCGAAGCUAGUGUCCGGCGAUUUCCAAAACCAUUAGCAUACUUUUCAAAGAUUGCUUGAGUUGUUGAAAUAGUCCUUAAGUGGAGAGCUUGAGGUGACAUCCUUCAUGAACUCUUUAAGAGCAAAUACAGUAUUAACUUUGGCGAGUGUUAUUUUUGGGGUGAUUUUCCCAGAUGCACUGUCAAAGGUGAAGUUAAAACACAAAAUUUAAACUCUUAAAUCAUAUACACUGAGCAUUAACUAUUGAAAUUGAGCCAAUUUGCCAACCUAUAGUGUCAGGGGAAUAAACAGGCGUACUUAUCUAAUGAUAUUGUAUUCAUGCAUAUCAGCUGCGAAUGAGUUCUCUCCAUUUGUUUUUUUGGUGAUAUAUUUUAUGGAAAUUAUAACAUUGUUGUGUACAGUAAUCUGUCUCAUUGUGGUUUCUGAAACUUUAUGUUAAAUAACCGAUGUACUUAUAUACAGUGCUUGUUAAACAAUCAUGCCUCGUAUACAAAUUAUUUCUCAUGUGAUAAUACAGGGUUAACAAAAAACAUCGAUUUUGCAAUGGCAUAUCUGGUAAACUUGUAAAGGAAGAGUCUAUUUAUGUUGGCCAGCAAUAAUUUAGUUCCCGUAUAAGGGGAAAUAAUGUGCACAAACAACGAAACCUUCUCAACAUCUAUAACUUAACUAUAGUGUCAAUGUAACUGUAAACCUGCUUACCCUUCCUGUAAUGAAUUUUGAAUCUCAAAUCCCUUUUUAUUGAGACAUCCCUUGUGGUAGAUAGUCUUUAGAUUAUGUAACCUUUUACUUAUUAUUGUCUCUCUGUCAUUGAGUGUUUAAUUGUGUAUUUAUCAAUAGAGUGCAAUAUAUUUAUAAAUGUGAACUUUUGACAAAAUUUUUUCUUCCCAAAGAUGAGGUCAACCAUUUCUUCUAAUAUAUACAUGCACCAAUGUCGACUGUGGAACUAGUCUCUUGGAUUUAAAGGGUAAUUAUGCCGAGAGCUCUCAGAGAGAAUAGGGGGUGUUUUGGUAUUGCUGUUUUGACAUGAUAUAGGCUUCCCUUAUGCUGUUUCAGCCUUGGGCCUGCCAAGAGUGUUUUCAUAGACAAAGCAAUACAAAUCUCAAUCUUUCAAUAAAAUGCAUAUCACUGCGCCAGUACACAUUGGCCAAUUACUGCUUAAAUUUCCCGUCCAUUUAAGUACAUUGUGAGAUUCUCAGCUCUUGAGUAUUUUUUUGCACUGACUAAAGUCUAUUAUGUAAUGUUCCAGAAAUUAUGUAGGGUUCUAUCAGUGUCUUCUCCUAGUCAGUUAGUGUACAUGUAGUCAGGAUUUAACUUGGGCAUAAUCAAGUCUAAAAAGGCAUGUCAAAAUCAAUGGAUCUCUCGUUUCACAAGCCAUAUAGUUGGCACUGGCCCGUUAUGUGAAAUGUAUGUAUUCGUGCAAGAACUGUGAAGAGUCACUUGUCAUGUGUUUUGUGAUUACAAUGUGAUUGGGGAGUAAAGAACCAAGACAAAAGAAAGUUACCCGAGUCUACCUGGUGCCCCCUGGAUUGGCUUUGGAACCCCUGGUUCAAACCCACAAAGUUUCUUUUAGUAUUUGCCCUGAAGGACUGUGUAGACUGUAGAACCAUCAUGACACAGCAUAUUCUACUGUAUUUGGCUGUCAUUUACGAUCAUCUCUCUUUUAUCUUCUUCCGUGUCUUUCGUCAAAUCUGUUGUUUUUAGAAUGGCUCUUCUAGUAACUACGUGUACCAGUGAUCUUAUUCAUGUAUAUUCAUAUAAAUUAUGGAAUAAAUUGUUUAAAAGA